CAAAAUAACCGUCUGCCCUAGAGUGCGAAACCCCACGUUGUUUCCGUUCUCGCUUCUAUGACGUGCCCAAUUUCGUUCUACCGAUUUUCGUGGUCGUAUCGAGUUAGAUUUCAUCGAGUUGAAGCUCGGACUUAAUUCUAACUACAGAGACAUUACCGUCAUUAACGCCCAAAUAUUAACGUCCUUUUACACUUUCCUACCAUUAAACUUCUUCACUGAACUCAAUGUUUGCGAUUAAAAAUCUGAACGCUUUUGUGUCUGCGAAGUACAAUUUUAUUUUAGUUUAACGGCUUCCGCAUGUUGGUGAUCCUGGUCUUGGCCACAGGAAAAUAAACACAGCAAGGCUAUUAAGUGUUUUGUUUUUAUCUGUUGAUUUCAUGGAUUGUAAGAUACAUAUCAUAACAACAUUGUAUUAUGCUGUUGUUAUAUUUCCUUGGACCAUCGCAGACGAGAAGUCGCAGAACCGAGGGACGUUUUAGUAGGUGAGACGGUGCUCAGUUUACUGGUAACUGAAAAAUGACUGAUGCCAGUGAAUGUGUAUUUAAAAAGACAAACUUCAAAAGGAAAGCAGUGCGGGCCAGGAGAAAGAGUUCAGAUUCCUCUGAUAGCAGUGAACAAGUGGAGAUUGUCAAAAGGCAGAGAAGGACAGGGAAAGAAAAUCCCCUUAUACAAAAGACAAGCUUACAAAAAACCACAAAUGUCUGUAAGGAAGAGAGCGAUAGUUCAGAUGAAGGAGAUGCUUUGACAGUUUCUUAUCGUUCAAAGCGAAAUGCUGAUCGAGAAGGUCCACAGGACAUGGGAGCAACAGCAAUUCUAGAAAUAGAAACUGAAGUUGAUAAAGAUGCUCAAGCUAUCUUUGAAAAUGCAGUUCGUAUUAAUAAAGAACUGAAAGGAAAGGAAGAUGAUAAGGUUUACCGAGGUUUAAAUAAUUAUACUCAGUUUUAUGAAAAGAAGGACACUGCUCAGGGCAACGCAAGUAGUGGAAUGGUUCGCAAAGGUCCUAUUAGAGCACCUGCUAACCUUAGGGCAACUGUAAGAUGGGAUUACCAACCAGACAUUUGUAAAGAUUAUAAAGAAACAGGAUUCUGUGGUUUUGGUGAUAGUUGUAAGUUCUUACAUGACAGAUCAGAUUAUAAGUAUGGUUGGCAGUUAGAACGUGAAAUGCAGGAAGGUACAUAUGGUGCAACAGAUGAUGAUCCUCAUCAAUAUGAAGUAGAUUCUGAUUCAGAAGACCUCCCAUUUAAGUGCUUUAUUUGCAGGGGAUCAUUUGUGAAUCCUAUUGUCACAAAAUGUAACCAUUAUUUUUGUGAGAAGUGUGCCCUAACACAGUACAGGAAAAGUACACGAUGUUUCAUUUGCAACAAACAGACAAAUGGUGUUUUUAAUCCUGCUAAAGAGUUGAUAGCAAAAUUAAAUGCUGAAAAGAGAAAUACUGAAACAGCACAUGCGUGCCAAAACAGUGAUUCUGACUAAACUGUAAAAAGAAUUAUUACAGGUAUUAUUACAGAACACAUUUAUGGGACCAUUAUUGCAAAAAUUGAAAAUGAAAGUUUUUCAGAGGUUUCAUUUGUUUGUCUGCUACAAUAACAGCAAGUAAAUAUAUGUGAAUAAUGGCAUACAAACAUCAUGAUAGGUGAUAAGGUAUAUACAUUGUGACUAGGCUAACAGUGCUAGCAACAAUUGUAUAAGGUGACACCUGGGAGCAAAGUCCAUGAUUUUGUGUUAUGAGAAUAGAACUAACGCAGGUUUAUCUUGCUCUUCAUCUGCGUGCUUAUUGGAGUACUAAGAUGAAAUGAACAAGUCACUUAACCUCCUCCAAUCCUUUUUUGCAGAUCUCUUUUUUAUGUGAUUUACUUGUUGUUACGUAUGUGGUGAAACUGAGUACUGUUCUGAUAUCAGUAAAGGUGAUUAGCAUUCACAGUUAUGGUAGACGUUGAUGCCCAUGCAUCAGGGUCCAUAAAUGCAAACGGUUUUUAUUACAUCGAUAUUCUUCAACUCAUUUAACCAGGUUUUGACAUAACUAUAAAGAUCAGAGAAUUGUAAUCAUUUCCACUUUAUUUUUCCAUUGUAGCUGCUGAAUGUAGAGGCAUUGGCACAUAAAUGUUUUUGUUUUGUGAACUUUACUUUUAGUAACUGUGAAUAGUAUAGUUCAUUUCUUCUCCUGCUUUCUUGUUCACACAACACAGUCAAACACGACCGUAUUAUUGUGCACAAGACCUCUCAAGUCCUAGAAUGGAACUGUAUUCCGUACAGUUACAGUGUUAGUUUUACUUUAAAGACAACUCCACAUGCAGACACAAACUGUGUUACUUAUUCUUUACAUGUACAUUGUAAAAUAUUGUUCCACAAUAAAAAUGAUGUAAUAAAAGUAUGUGACCUA